AUGGGAGGGUCAGAGCCUGACAUUCUGAAGCACUUAGUCCCAGGAUCAAUUGUCGCCCAGCACGCAACGAAGACUUGCAAGCUUGCAGCGCAAGACUGUGGUUUGUGCGCUGUGCAAAAAGCUUGGAAGAGUUCCCGGAAGCCAUGGCUUCGAAUGGCACUGGUGGACGGAGCAGCUCGGUUUGGUUGCUCAAUGUGUGCAAAAUCAGUGACAGACAGCAGCCCAUGGGCCAAAUUUGAGCAGGAGCCGUCUACUGUGUUACGUAAGCAUAAUUUAGACCGGCAUGAGAAAUCCCGGGCGCACCAGAUGGCCGCCGCAAGUGAAGUCAUUGGCGCUCCUCCAGUGGAUGCUUUCAAGGACUGUUUGCAAGGUCUGAUGCAGGGACAAUCUGCACGGCAAGGCGGUGUUUCUUCGGACAAGAAGACACGCAUGCGAUACGCAUUGUCGGAAGCAAUUAUCUCUCGCAACCGAAAGUUAAUUUCAGAUGCGGAAACUUUGUCUCUGAUGCGGGACGAACGCAAGGGAAAACUUCUUGUCCGAUUUCGGGCAGUUUGCCAAGAUCUGACCACGGUCAGCGGUGUUCUGGGAUUCCAGGAAGUGGCAGGCUCUGCUGAGAGCAUCGCGUUGGCAACAGGUGAGAUUAUUACAAGAUUCUGUCAGCCCUUUCGUGAACCACCUAGAGGUUCCAAGGUGCAGGAGCAUCCCAUGGACCAGGACCUUCUCCAAAAAAUGAAAGACAAGGUCACCAUUGUUGUCAAUGACGCUGCGCCAGCUGAACUGCUAGCAGGCGACUUGGAGCGAGGUCGCCGAACUUUUGCGGACGCAAGAGGAGAGGUCAGCUUCAGAAACAUCAAGGUGAUCGGCCGCGACGUUGCCCACGCAUCCACACGUUUGCUCAAAAGACCCUUCCAAGCUUGCCAACCCUUAAAGUCAAUAAUGACUGAGUGGAUCCACGGAUCUGAAAGCUUCGCUCAAAAGGUGCAUCACAGCCCAGUCCUGAUUCAAUGGUGGGCCAAGGCAGUGCACAACGAUGACUCAGACUUGACGGGAGACCAGUGUACUUCGAUGUCGGCUGCUAAACAUCGGUUUUCGUCUUACUUCAACCCUCUCUCCAGGAUCGUUCGAAACAUGCAAAGCGCAUUUCAAAUCUGCGGACGCGUCCAAUCGAUGAGGGGAGCAGAGGCAGUGUGGGCCACAAAGCUGUGUCGAAAUUUCAAUGGCUUCAAAGCAGUUCUGCUCGCAAUGGUCGCGGACGCGGCAGCGAUCAGCAACGAUUACACAAGGGACUGUGAUCACGAAGACACAGAUAUCGCUCAGCUGAACACGCGGGCGAACCAUUUUGCGUCGUCCGCUCGGUCUCUCUUUGUGGAACGAAAGGUCCUGACCCUGCCUACUUUUACAAAAGAGUUUCUCAACAGAGAGCGCCCAGUGACCAUUGUCCAAGAUGGCUUGGCCCAGGAGAUCGUGGAAUGGGUUUCGCUGGCUGAAGAAGUGGUGGCGCACGAAUUUCCUCAUUGGCAUCUAUUGUCGUCAUUUCAAGUCUUUCACUUGUCAGACUCUGGAAGUCAAGCGGCCGAGAACAGUGAAAGGAAUUUGGAGCGAAUGGCCCAAGCCUUUCAGGUUUGCCCAGCCAAGGUGAAGCAGCAAUACGCUCGGCUGAUGCCCAUUGCCACUGCUUUGAAGAAGCAAAGCGGCAUGUCCAACAGGGAAGCGUGGAAGGAAGCCAUGCAACGCACAGGUCGCUAUGCAAGCCGGUACGAGGCCACUGACUUUAAAGUCUUGUUGGCCGUGUACCAAUGUUGGACAGCUUCCAGUAGCGGGGUGGAACAACUUUUCUCCAAGCUCAAGAGAAGCCCUGUGGAGCUUUCCAACGCCAAGGCGGAGACAGACCGUCGCACUGCCAUCGUGAUGGGCGACGGACACUCCAGUGUGGCCAAGGCAGAAAUCAUUAGUGAUGCCCGAAAGAUUUAUGCUAGUCUAUCUCAGUCUGGCGGAGUCUCGCGUCUAAGAACACUGCCAAGGUUCGAUACUGGGAAGAAAGGGGGCCAGAAGAAGGGAAGCUUCGCCGCGUGGAACAGAGCACGCAAGAAAGCAGUGCAGCAAGCGGUGCAGGACUCGCGGCAAACUCCUCCACGAAAGCCAUCUGCUCUGCAGACCGAAUCAUCGCAGAAGGAAUGUGACUAUCAAAGACAACAAGCUCUCAAGAGGAAGGCAGAGGCCUUGCAAGAUGGACUGUUACUGGCAGAUGAAAUCACUUUAGAAGUGCGAGCCGAAGCAGAAAGGGUGGCCAAGGCAAGCCGCCAGCAAGACCGGCUGAGAGCGAAACAGCGGCAGGAGUACGAGUCUGGAACACAGUUGGUGACAAUCAAGAGAAGCCAUGAGUGGGCUUGUCAAAACCUUUCUGGACCUGCGUGGUGCUGCCCAAGCCUAGGAACUCAGCAGCAAGCAGACUUGUGGCAUGCGAAGCUCGUCGUGGUGAAGAAUUUUACGGAAGUGGAGCGGAAUGUUCAGGUCAUGGCUGCGCUCACCGGCUCUGCCUUGAUCUCGGCUGACGUUUUGCUUGGUCAUGGAGGUGUGAAGCUAGUCUAUCACCCCGGCCACAAGAUAGAAGCUGCUGUCUUCGCCACCAACACUUUCAAGACGGAGGAGCCUGGCAUGACCGCGCUGCUUCGGGAAGCUUGCGCGCGCGGCGGUUGGAAAGCAGUUAGGGCGCAAGACUUGAAGGGACGCGGGAGGAAGCCAAGUUUGCUUUUACGCGGUGAAGGGGAGGUCAUCGACGGUUUCAGCAAAACUAAGGUGAAGCAUUUUUCCGCAGAUGAAUUUAUGCGGUGGUUGUCAACAGUUUGCCUCAAUAAGGAAGCAAGCGCCUGUGUGAAAGCAAAGUCUUGA